ACCAGCCUAUAAAAGUCAAAGCAACAUCAAAUUCUAGGACCGCAGAGAUAAACCCAGCAAGGCUUCUUUAUAAUUUAAUAUCCAUUUUAUACACAAGGACAGCAAACAUGGGCUGUGGACAUUCAACAACAGCUCAGCUGCAGAAACAAACUGUCUUUAAAUCUAAAAAAGAAGCUGCUGAAUGCGUUUACAGGAUUCCUGCUCUUCUGUAUGAGAAAGAAAGUAAAACUUUACUUGCCUUUGCAGAGCAGAGGAAGACUUCAAAGGAUGAAAGUGUGGAAAAGCUGGUUAUGAGAACAGGAAAGAUCAAGCAGAUAUGCUGUCAGAGGACGAUUGAGUGGUCAGAGCUCAAAGAGGUAGAAAAGGCACUUACUGAUGGACACCGUCCAAUGAACCCCUGCCCGGUGUAUGACGAAGCCAACAAAAAACUUUUCCUGUUUUUCAUCUGUGUUAAAGACGGUAUCACUGAGCGGUACCAAAAAGAAACCUGUGACAACAGGACCCGUCUCUGCUACAUCACAAGUGAGGAUCUCGGAGAAACCUGGAGCGAUGUGACAGAUUUGACGGACGAACUGGUUAAAAAAAAAAACUGGUCCACAUUUGCUGUUGGGCCAGGCCAUGGGAUUCAAACAGAGAGUGGUAGACUGAUUAUCCCAGUUUAUGCUUAUACUCCCUGCAAACCAUGUGCAAUCUCACUGUAUAGUGAUGAUCAUGGCAUAAAAUGGAAAUUUGGUGAACGGUUUAAUACGGUAUCAGUUGAGUGUGAAAUGGCUGAAUUUUCCAAAGGCCACAUCUACUGCAACGCCCGUAAUGAGGGCGGCUAUCGAGUGGAAGCAGUCAGUGAUGAUAAUGGACAUAUCUUUACCAUUCCCCAACCUGGAAACAUGCUUGUGGAAACAGGUUCAGGCUGUCAGGGAAGUGUUGUUUCCUUCCCAGCUCAGCAAGAAAGUGCAAACACAGAAAGUGACCCAAGCCAGAACCUUGAAAAUUGGCUGCUGUUCACGCACCCGACCAGUCCGAAAGACAGGAUUGAUCUUGGUGUGUAUCUGAACAAAUCCCCACAUGAUCCAAAGGCAUGGAGCGAACCCUACAUCAUUAAUGAGGGACCCAGUGGUUACUCAGACCUGGCUUACAUUGAUGAUGGCUGGUUUGCAUGUCUGUUUGAGUGUGGGCAGCACAAAAUACAUGAGCAGAUAGCCUCAGUUGUCUUUCACUAUGAGGCUAUCUGCUCAUGUAAGUGUUGCUUUGUAUGUAAAAAUCUUUAAUUGCUUGUUGCAUGAAAAAUGAAUAAGAAAACUGAGAAGCUUGUAGGAUUAACGCAAAAAUACUUUAAUAAAUUGAAGGAAACAGAAAACAGUUUCUCCUGUUUUCAGUGAGUAUUAAACAUGGAUGCUCAAUUUAAACAAAAGCUUUAAUCCAGUUAUUCACUUCUUGUAAAAAACAUACCUAAUGUUGCAAAUAUCAUAUUAUUGGUUGUGAGUGUAUUUGAUUUUAUUGCAGAAAAUAAUAAAAAAUAGUUACCAUAUCCUGUUUUAUUGUAAAAACUAUCUUUUC